UGAAGCUCUCCACACUCCACUUUAGCAAUUCCAUUUCUCUUACCUGUGUUCCUGCUUCUUUCUUUUCCUUUCUUUUAUAAUUUUUUUCUGAUUCUUGUUAAUUUUUUAUUAAUAUCUGUUUAGCUGUGGUGUGUCAUCCGACAGCAAACCAAGCUCUCCACAUUCCUACAUCGGAACCGGAACAACAACCAGCUUCCUACAACCUCAAGGACUCGACAGUGCCCCCUCUCUGCAACCAUUGCAUGGAAGACACUCCUCCUGGGAUAUAUCCGUGAUCACCCUACCCUAUUAAACACCCCCACUUCACAACCAUGCCUCCGAAGACCGGCAAAGGGCGCAAGGUCACCACCGCCCCCUCAACCAAAGCCGCAGCAGCAGCAGGAGACGACGCCGCCGGUCCCUCGAAGAAAGCCCCCACAACCACAUCCCCGACUGCCCGACGGGGGCGCAAGUCAACCGGAGGAGUAACCAAGGGGGGGAAGACACCAGCCAAGCGGGUAUCCGACGUUCAACCCGGAGACCCCACCCCCAAAGGCCGCCGCCACCGCUACAAGCCCGGCACCGUCGCGCUCAAAGAAAUCCGCAAAUACCAACGCUCCUUCGACCUCCUCAUCAGCAAGUUGCCCUUUGCGCGCCUCGUGCGCGAAGUCGCCAUGGACAUGCUCCCCGCCGAGAUGGCCCACGAGCUGCGCUGGCAGUCGCAUGCCAUCCAGGCUUUGCAGGAAGCCGCCGAGGCUUUCCUCGUGCAUCUGUUUGAGGAUACGAAUCUUUGCGCGAUCCAUGCUAAGCGCGUUACGAUUAUGCAGAAGGAUAUUCAGCUGGCGAGGAGGAUUAGGGGGGCUUGGGCGGGGUUGGGUUGAUCCCUGUUCCGUUCCUUGAUUUCUGAUUUCUCUUCUUUGGUGAGGACUGUGCCGAAUGAGUAGGCACAAGAACAGAAGAAAUGGGACAGAAAAAGAGAAAGCAAGUGGCAUUGGGAACAGCGCGAUCUGAUCAUCGCGCUCUUCUUCUAUUGAUUUUCACUCCUUCAUUUCAUCCGAUAGCGUGGACUGCGGGUCAUCAUCCCCCCAAUCUACCUCACUAUCAACCGAAUGGAUGGAUAGCAGGGUUGCAGGCGUCUGGGGAAGUCCGGAGUUUAUUUCGCAGGGUUUCACUCUCUGCUGGGUUGUCUGUGCUAUUUGCGUGGUGGUUUACCGUUUCUUUCUAUGAUCGACCCCGUCUAUUAUCGACCCCGUCUGCGUGCGAUGGCUGUAGGGGUAGGGCACUUUGGUCGGUCUUUAUGUCUUGUCUGUCUGUCUGUCUGUCUGUCUGUCUUGUCUUGUAUUUCUGUAUAUUAGGUAGAGGAGUGAUGGAGAGCUGGGGAUGGAG